AUGCCUUCAUCCACGCGCUACCUCUACAUAGCUUCGGUCUCCUGCGUGAUUGUUUUUAUCGUGUGCUACAUGUUGGGUUCUGGGGGAGAGCAAAGCUUCCAGAAGCUGAAUCACUCAGAGGCUCUGAUGCUGACUCAGGUUUGCACAUCCUUUAUCAAAGGCAAAGCGCCGUUCCCGUGGAGAAACAAACUGAUGAUACACCAGAGGACUUCGUGCAGGGAUUACCUGACCCAGAGCCACUAUAUCACGGCCCCUUUAUCUAAAGAAGAGGCUGACUUUGCUUUGGCGUACACCAUGGUCAUCCAUCACCAUUUCGAGACCUUUGCCAGGCUCUUUAGAGCCGUUUACAUGCCUCAGAAUGUCUACUGUGUGCAUGUGGAUGAAAAGGCGACAGCGGAAUUUAAAGAUGCAGUAGAGCAGCUGCUGAGCUGCUUCCCCAACGCUUUCCUGGCCUCGAGGAUGGAGCCCGUGGUCUACGGGGGCAUCUCCAGGCUCCAGGCCGACCUGAACUGCCUCAAGGACCUGGCGGCCUCCCAGGUGCCCUGGAAGUACGCCAUCAACACGUGUGGCCAGGAUUUCCCCCUGAAGACCAACAAGGAGAUCGUUCGGUAUCUGAAGGGUUAUAAAGGGAAAAACAUCACCCCCGGGGUGCUGCCCCCCAGUCAUGCCAUUGGCCGCACCAAGUAUGUCCACCGGGAGCACCUGGGCAAAGAGCUUUCCUAUGUGAUCAGAACCACAGCGUUGAAACCACCCCCUCCCCAUAAUCUCACCAUUUACUUUGGCUCUGCCUAUGUUGCUCUAUCAAGAGAGUUUACCGACUUCGUCCUCCACGACCCACGGGCUGUUGACUUGCUCCAGUGGUCCAAAGACACUUUUAGUCCUGAUGAACAUUUCUGGGUGACGCUCAAUAGGAUCCCAGGUAUGUGCGAUUCUGUGUUUCACAUAAUGGCGACGUGGUGUACUUGGAAAGGCUUUUCAAGAGCCUGGUCUUUCGUAGUGGACGUAGAAGAUGAAAAGUGA